AUGAGUAUUCCUACUUCAAUCCCUGUCAUUCAACAGCCAGAUGAUUACGUACGUGGUGUUUCCUUCGACACCAUGACAGACCAUGACCAACCUGAUCUCUCGUUUACUUUAAGAGGAAAGAACCAAGGUUAUCAACGCACAAGACGUAGCCGAACAUUCAUGGUAGCUACUGACUUGGCUAAUUACAGCGAUUAUGCUCUGGAUUGGGCCAUUGAGAAUAUUGUAGAUAACGGUGACGAAAUCAUUGUUUUAAGAGUUCUCACGAUCGAUAUGAGUGAAAAUAGACCUAAUUUGCCAGCCAUGCUAAGACACGAGGAAUUACAAUCCAAGGAAACUGCCACUGUGGUCAUGAAUAAGAUUAUGGCUUCUGGUGGUCCGGAUAUCAAGAUUAGUGCCGUGAUUGAAUUUGUGAUUGGCAAGGUUCAAGAGACGAUCCAGAGCAUGAUUUCGGUGUAUCAACCUUCUAUGCUGAUUGUCGGUACAAGAGGCAUGUCAGAGUUAAAGGGUAUGUUUAUCAAUAGUGUGUCUAAAUACUGCUUACAACAUUCACCUGUGCCUGUGGUCGUGGUCCGACCCGAAAACAAGGUCAAAAAGCAAAAGGACAAAAAGUCGAGCAGUAAAAAGUCGAAACGUCUCAGUGGCAUGUUUCGUAUCAGUAGCCAUUCCAGUAUCUCCAGCUUAAAUUCCAAGGGCUCCGAUUCGUCAGACAGCAGCUCUGAUGAUGACGAGGUUGCUGGUGUCGAGAAAAAAGUACAGCGUCUGUCUGUGUUUGAUAAAAUCGGUCGUCAUUCACGAUCUUCAUCUCCUUCUCGUCCUUCCAAGAAACAAUAA